GUAAAUUCACUACCCCCAGUUUCUCAUUUCCUUAUUCUUGUGUGUUUUCCACCCAAAAACAAAAGCAAAACACAUAGCAAUUUCCCCUUUGAUCUUUCUCCAUGGCUUCUUCAGUAUCCAGCAUGGGAAGAGCACCACCUUUGUACUUUGAUGAGAAGUGGAAGUUGUCGAAGAAAGAAGGAUCCACUAGGAGCAGAUCUUCAAGCACCCCUUUCAUAAAAAAUUCAACACAAAGAAGGUGUGCUUUUGCUAGCAAGUGUGCAAGGCUUGUGAAGGAACAAAGGGCUCGUUUCUACAUCAUGAGGCGCUGUGUCACAAUGCUCAUAUGCUGGCGUGAUUAUAGUGAUUCCUGA